GUAAAAUGUUGUCUUCCAAGUUGGCAGCCAAUAAAAUUUUUCCACACACUGCUGAAUAUUAGCUGUUUUUCAUUUUUGAUUUAUUGAACUAACAAAGAGAAUUUCCAUAAAAAAGAUUACAAAGUUCUGUUUUCCGGAAAUUUUGCGAGCGAAGGGAUCGUUAUCCGUUGAUACUGCCUGGUGAGACGUGGGUGCACAACCUGGGGUUGACAGUUACACCUUCGGGGUGUUUGGAUUUAUUUGUUUUUGGGCUUGUUGCUGGUUGCACAACAGGCGCAAGCAAGAUCGCCAACUCGUUUCCGGAUCUCUUUUUGGACUUUUUUGUUUUUGUUUGAAUACUCCCGCAUUUACUGAUUGUGCUGCUCACCAGAGAAUGUCUAAGGACAGGACGCAGGAGUUCAGCAGUAUUGUCCGGAAUCUCCAGCAGAGCCAUCUGCAUCAAAAUGGAUACCGUGCACAUUCCCCUGCUGCUGCUGGCCAGACUGCCACCAGACAGCGACAAGCGCAGUUUGCCAAGGAGUUUAUGGGCUAUGCCCGGAAUAUUGGGAAAGAUCUGUCACAAACCUAUGCCAAACUAGAGAAACUCACGCUGUUGUCUAAGAAAAAAUCCCUGUUUGAUGAUCGGGGAUCGGAAAUCGAGCACUUGAGCCAGAUGAUCAAGGAGGAUAUACAGCAUCUCAACCAGCAGAUUUCUAAACUGGAAGAACUAAAAAAACACGGUCAUAAUGUCCAGUCGACACCUCGUCAUCAUUUGGAGUCGCAUUCGACAUCCGUUGUAAUCGGAUUACAGUCGAGUUUAGCGAAGAUGUCCACCAAAUUUAAGGAGGUUCUGGAGAUUCGUACGGAGAACAUGAAGCAGCAGCAAGAAAGACGCGACAAAUACUCUUCUUCGGUUCCAGCCAGCGAGUAUAUCCCUUCACGUCCUACUAACUCCAUUCUCCUGCAGCCGGAUAUUGUUCCUGGAGAUGCGCCGGUGUCCAUUGAUAUGUCCAGUUUGACACGACGCAAUACAUCGCAGCAGCAGCAGCAGAUGCAGCUGAUUAACGAGCAGGAUGCGUACAUUCAGUCCCGAGCGGAUGCCGUUCAGAAUAUUGAGUCGACGAUUGUGGAGCUUGGAGGCAUCUUUCAGCAGCUGGCACACAUGGUUAAAGAGCAGGAAGAAGUCGUUCAGCGUAUCGAUAUGCACGUGGAAGACGCGGAGAGUAACAUCGAAGCCGCCCACGACGAGCUGCUGCGUUAUUUUCGCUCGAUAUCAUCCAAUCGUUGGCUCAUGGCCAAGGUUUUUGGGAUCUUGCUGGUUUUCUUUUUUGAUUUUUGUGAUCUUUUUUGCUUAAUCAUUCAUUUUAAAUCGAGAGACUAUUCCAGAUGAACCUAGUAAAAGAUUAUUUAUUUCUGUGGAACAACUUUUAAGUUUAAUGUGAUUCUAUCAUGAACACGUUUUGGUCACCCGUUUUAUAAAUCGUAAGGUGUGAUUG